CUGGUGGUGGCGGAAGUUCCGGAGCGGUGCGGGGAGAGAGUGAGAGCGAGAGCUCGAGCCUGGCUGAGUCCUCAGUCAGAAGCCGGGUCGGAAGAGACGGAGACGAGAAGAAAGAGGUGCGAACUGUUAUAGUUGUAUGUGCGGUAACAACAUGUCUGUCCCCCUCCUUGCUGAUGCUGUGACCGUUUCAGGGACAGAGCGGGAGACUGCAGCGGUCAUUUUUUUGCAUGGGCUUGGUGACACAGGGCACAGCUGGGCUGAUGCUCUGUCUUCCAUCCGGCUCCCUUACGUGAAAUACAUUUGCCCUCACGCACCCAGGAUCCCUGUCACUCUCAACAUGAAGAUGGUUAUGCCCUCCUGGUUUGAUUUAAUGGGGCUAAGUCCAGAUGCACCAGAAGAUGAAAACGGAAUUAAAAGAGCUGCUGAGAACAUUAAAGCUGUAAUUGAACACGAAAUAAAAAAUGGGAUCCCAGCCAACCGGAUCAUCUUGGGAGGCUUUUCGCAGGGUGGCGCGCUCUCCCUCUACACAGCACUCACUUGCUCCCACCAGUUGGCUGGCAUCGUGGCCCUCAGCUGCUGGCUGCCCCUGCACAGGACCUUUCCUCAGGCAGCAAAUAAUGGUGUGAACAAAGAUAUUCCCAUCCUGCAGUGCCAUGGUGAGAUGGAUCCCAUGAUCCCUGUGCGCUUUGGAGCUCUCACCGCAGAGAAGCUGAAGGGGGUGGUGAAUCCUCAUAGAGUCCAGUUCAGAACCUACCCAAGAGUGAUGCACAACUCUUGCCCUCAGGAGAUGAUGGCUGUGAAAGACUUCAUUGAGAAGCUGUUGCCCAGGAUUUAAGCCGAUCUACUCAAGACUGUUGCAGGGAGAGGAGACAGAGGUCACCAGCUUUGAUCUUGAACCCUUGACCUGUUGGCUGCAAUUGGAAGCCAUGGCAAUCCACCUCCACACCAGUCAGUCCGUCUCCUUUCUCGAGCCUUCCCCUCCUGCCUGCACUGUCCCCCCCUCCUGUGCAACGUGAGGGGAGGGUGCUGAGGUACCAAGUGAAGGUACCAAGCGGUUUUAAGGUACAGCUGAGAUCCUAACCUUGCAGAUUAUUAUUUUGAUCACCUUUCAGUAUUUCCCUAUUCUCUCCUCUCCUUUUCUGUCUCUUUCCCCCCCACCCCCACUCCCUCCCCCAAAAUCUAAACAUAAACUGCCUGCUGUGGCAAAGAACUGCAUGGUAGCCAGAGGCUUAAAGCAAAAGGUAUUAAGAGAUGGUGUUCUGGCUAUUCCAGUAUUUGCCUCCCCCCCAAUGAUGCUCAACCCGUCCCACUUCCUAUUUCACUGGAACCAUCGUAGUGGUGCAGGCGGGCUCAGCUUUCUCUGGCCUGGCAAGGCAACAAAUCUGUUUCUGCUCCACGUAAGGCUAUCAGCCUGCCACGCUCUGUACCAUAAACUCUCCUCCGAACUUCCAUCAGCAAAAAAGAGGAAGAGUUGUCUUGUGUCGGAGAGCCACAGUCAGUCCCCCAGAUGUAGCCUGUGGCCGUGGUGGCUGCUCCACCAGUCCCUGCACUGACUGGAGUGAUAAAGCAGUGGAGAGGCCCCACCGUGCCCAGAAUCACUCCAUGUUGCGUGUUAUGGACUACUUUGUUGUGUUCCACCCUCUCAUCUGUGCUGCCUUUAUCCGUGACCCAUGGAAUCCUUUUUGUUUUAUUGUUACAAGGAGAAAGUGGUGGCUCAGGGGAGUGGACUCACAGUGGCUCCAGCCACUGCACCUCGCUAGAGUAAAGUCCCUGUCAACUCCUCUUACAGCCUAGGCAGUACUUCGGGUGCUCAGACAAUGGCUGUUCCUAGCCUGCUCUGCCAGCUUGUGUUCCUGACCUGUCACAUCAAGCUAGGGCAAGCUGGGUUUCGGUGUGUGCCACGUUGCCAGAAUUGUGCCCCCCGCCUCCCCCUUUCUGUGUCGUCCCCUGAGUCCAUUGUCUCUUGUCUUCUCCUGGAUCAGGCUUCUGCCUCAGAGCAAUGUGCUGUUGAACAGCAGCAGUGUUUCUCCUCCUCUUCUCCCUUGCUCCAGUAGUUAUCCCUGUGGGCUCAUCAUAGGACUGACGGCCAGGGACGGGAUGCAACUUCAAAAGGAGCAUUUUUUUUUCCUUUCUUCUCUUUUGGUGAAGGGCUAGUCUUGUCUCGUGUGCCACCCUAGCAUCUGUUCUGUGUGCGGACUUUGUGCCCUUCCUUCUCCCUGUCCUAUGCCGACCUUUGCAGUCGGCAACAGCAGUAAGAAGAGUCCUGAGACCCAGGACUAGGACAAAUCUCUCCCUUUCCCCUCCCGGCUUUUCUGAUGGGACAGGGACAGGCUUACCCAACAUGCCACAACCCAUUUUGAGGUUUCACUGCGUUUUGGCAGCUAAACCGAGAUGCUUGCGAGCUGCAACCCCCCCUUUUGCCCCAUGCUUGGUAUUGCAGCCACCAUUGUCAGUGCUUUCUGUAAAAUCGGCUCUUCUUCCCUGAAGCUGAACUCACGGAGGUGACAUGAGUGAGGCAGCGGCGUGGCAAAGCAGAGCCACCCAGUUCAGGGAUGUGUGGCUUGGGCAGAGGAAGAGGCCUUGCCUCUUCGUGCACUUCCCCCCAUGAGCAGAGGAUGGCUCACCCACCUCCCUUCAUCUCCAGAUUGCAGGGACCUCUCAAACAAAGCCUGAUUUGUGAGCUUCGGACAGGUUCCUCUUCACACAGGUAAAAAGUCAAGUGGUGGAGGAAGAGGAGAAGUUUGUCUUGAGCACGUUCAGAGGAGCCUCCUGUCCUUGUCCAGAAAACAGAAAGCAUUCUUUUCAAGCUCAUUUGCGUUGCCCGUUUCAAAGGAAUUGCUUCUGCAGCUGUCUGACUUGCACUCAGAGGUGCUAAUGGACGGGGGAAAAACUCAUGCCCAAUCUUGCUGUAAAACUAGAAAGCAGCGGUCAGAUUCUGAGAUGGUGAAAUGAGUUGUUCCACUGAACGGACUACACGUGUGCGCAGAUACCAUUUUUAAAUGCUUCCAUUAAAAAAAAAAAAACUUUGCAAGUAAAACCUAACAGCAAAUAAAGGGAAUCCCGGCUCACCUUUUCUUCCCCUUUCUGCUGGUUUCUUUCUUGAAGAGGAGUGUUUGUUUGGCUAAAUUAGGUUCUGCACACAUUUGUAGUAGGAAGUAUGGCAGCCUACUUGACCAUCUCACAUCCUCCAUGUGCUACUGCAUUUCAGCUUCCUUCUGCGCCAGAUAACACAAGGGGCUGCGGGUGGGCAGGUAGGUUGGCUGUUGCUGCGGCUCACCUCCUCUCAGGCCACUGACUUGUACUGUCCUGCAGACGAGCAGAGAGAUCACUGCUCUGGUUUCUGCUGGCCCAGCUUCCUCUCUGGGCCUUUCCAAAGCAGCUGUCAACGUGACCUGCGUGGUAUAGAAGGAACGGGUAGCAAACACAGAAGCCCACGAAAGAAGAUGGCUUCUCUCUGUUCCUGCAAGGGGAUCUCAACAAUCUCUUCUCCCCUUCCCUUUGUCUUCCUCACACGUCGUUUUAAUUUUUGUGUUCCUUCCUUUAAGAUUAAACCGAAACCACCAUUGGUGCCUC